AUGGUCUGUACGAGUACCCCGUUGAGUGUGCCGUCCUACUUUGAUGGUAGUAAUUAUGCCAAUUUGAAAGUUAGGAUGAGGGCAUUCUUGAAAUCUAUGGAUGAAAGGAUUUGGUUGAAUGUAGUUGACGAUUGGUCUGCCCCUAGUACAACGGUUGACAAUGACGUUACUCCCAGCCCUAUAGAAAAUUGGUCUAAGGCUGAACUAGAUAAAUGCAACUGGAAUAGCAAAGCCCUUCAUGCCCUCUUUAUGGCUAUUUCUCCGAGGAAUUUAGGAGAGUGUCCAUUGGCUACUAGGUUUGAAGAGAUCAAGAUGAGAGAGGAUGAAACCUUUGAUAUAUUUUAUGCUAGCAUAAAUGACAUUGUGAAUUCAUCUUUCAACCUAAGUGAGAAAAUCCCCAAGCCUAAGAUAAUUCCCAACAGUAAGGACAUAGACACUAUCAAGCUAGAAGAGCUAGUUAGAUCCAUCCAGACCUAUGAGCUGACUGUAAGGAACCCAGCUAAAGAAAAAUCCUUGGCCUUGAAAUCUGCCAAGAAUAAUCAGACCGAAUCUUCUGAUUCAAAUUCACCCAAUGAUGAGGAGAUGGCCUACCCAGCUAAAAAAUUUCGUAAGAUGCUUAGGAAUAAGAAGAAGCUACAAGAGAAAUCGAGAGCUAGUGUGAGUAAAUCUAGGAGAAGAUCUAAAUCUAUGAGGUGCCAUAACUAUCAAGGUGUAGGUCAUGUUAAGAGAGAGUGCCCUAGUGCUAAGAUAAUUAAAGAGAAAGCUAUGAAUACUACUCUUACUGAUAACGAGUCUAGCUUGGACAAUCAGAGUGAGAAAUCCACUCAUGAGGAAAGUGAAAAAUUUGUUGCCUUCGUUGCUAGGUUUAAGAGUGGAUCCGAACAGGGAAAUGAGAGAGAUGAGGACUUAGAUAGUGGUGAAGAUUCUAGUGAUGAGUCUGAGCUACAUUUGGAGAAAGCUAAGUUAGAAUCAUACGUUAAGGAGUCUUCCACAAUCUUGAGUGAGCUUAAGUCGAUAAAUGAAUCAUCAAAGUCUCAGGUUAAAAAUCUAAGUAGUGAGCUUGAGAGGUCCUCUAAGAGAAUCGGUGAGUUGACUGCCAUAAAUGAGACUUUAGACAUUCAGGUUGUGAACCUUGUGAGUGAAUUAGAGCAUUAUAAGCCUCAACUUCUUCCUUUCAAUAGUGGGUUGUCUAAGUUAGAUAACAUGCUAGGUAUCGACAAGCCGAUCGAAAAUAGGAGAGGUCUAGGAUAUAAAGGAAAAGAUCAUGAUGAUAGAGGUCUACUAGAUAGCAUAGGACUCGUCGACCUAGAAAUAGAUGUUAGAGUUCACAUAACACAGGUCAUAUCCGCUCUAGAUAUCAUCAUUACUAAACAAAAGGAAAACAUGAACUUGAAAAAGAAUAAGAAUCGUGUAUCUAUUGGAAACAUGUUUAACAAGGAAUGCAAGAAACAGAGUUUGGGUAGAUUAGAUUUUUGCUUUUACUAUCUUGUCUUUAUUGUUAGUUUUGUCACAGAAUGCCAAAGGGAGAUAUUAUCCAAGAACAAAUUCAUCGAUGGAAUCGUCUCCAUUAAUCUUGUGAUCCAGCAACCAAGUUUUGGAAAACAUCAAAGUGAAUUACAAGCACAAGAACCGAUGGUUCUUGAUGUUUCACUUAGAGAGACAUUUAGCACGAGACCAAGAGGCCGUAGGAGAAAGUAG